AUGUCUACAGAUCCGCUCGAACUUGCCUCACCUGUCAAAGAUGAACUCGUCACCGAGACGUCCAUUCGUCAAGACGAAGUCGUCGAGGAGUGUCUGCCCCUCCUUGCAGACGAUCCUUUAUCUGUCCCGCACUUGAGGCGUGACGACCAUACUGCCUUUCUAAAAGACCGUCUUCACAACGCAACCCAUAUCGCAUACGACGCUUCGAGACCUUGGAUACUCUAUUGGUGUCUGACAGGGCUUUGCGCUCUGGGCCAAGAUGUGACUGUGUACAGGCAAAGUGUUAUUGAGACUCUCACGCCCGCUCAGAAUGCAGGCGGCGGCUUUGGGGGAGGCCAUGGCUUUCUAUCACACGCUGCGCCUAGCUAUGCUGCCGUCUUGAGUCUGGCAAUGGUAGGUGGGGAGGAAGCUCUUGAUCUAAUAGAUCGACGCGCACUGCAAGUUCAAUGGAAAUUUGUGAUGUAA